GCAGCAGUAGCCACCACAAGAGUUACGUCACUGGGUGUUGUUGACAAACCUGUUUGCACACUUCCGGGAAAGGAAGUGCUAGCCGUCUUUAGCUAGCCUCUCCGUGGUUUAGAGAUGAACUAACAGAACUUUGAUUAGCAUAAAUAACACUCAAAUUAGCAACAAGCUAAUGACGACGUCGUUUAGGACCGGCGCCUUUUAAAAACAACUGUCGUCGAGAAGCUAGCCCCGUUAGCUUGCUAAGGUCAGCUGGAUAAAUCACAGAUCCGAAGUUAUGAUGGCGUCCAGUUACAGCGCCAAAGACGAGGACGGUCACAUCACCGUGUCUGGACCCGGUGGUGGGACUCUGCGGAACAAGAAGCCCGAAAACACCGCCUUUAAGCAGCAGAGGCUCCCCGCGUGGCAGCCCAUCCUCACCGCGGGCACUGUCCUCCCGGCCUUCUUCAUCAUCGGGCUCAUCUUCAUCCCCAUCGGCAUCGGCCUGUACGUGACGUCUAACAACAUCAAGGAGUUUGAGAUCGAUUAUACCGGAGAUGACACGUCCAGUCCCUGCUACAACUGUGCAAAGAACUUCAGCUGGAACAACACGAAGUCCUGCACCUGCACAAUCCCCUUCCAGCUGGAUCAGCCUUACGAGAGCAACGUCUUCAUGUAUUACGGCCUCUCCAACUUUUACCAAAAUCACAGACGUUACGUGAAGUCAAGAGAUGACAGCCAGCUGAAUGGAAACAUCGAUUCCCUCAAGAAGCCCAGCAAGGAGUGUGAACCAUAUGCUUCCAUUGAUAAUAAGCCAAUUGCUCCGUGUGGGGCCAUCGCCAACAGCAUGUUUAACGACACUUUGACGCUAUUUUACAACGACCCCAACGGCACAAGUGUCCCGAUCCCGCUGACGUCCACAGGAAUUGCCUGGUGGACGGACAAACAUGUGAAGUUCAGGAACCCUGUAGGCACCAACUCAAACCUCACGGCUGUUUUUCAAGGAACAGUGAAGCCGGUGAACUGGCACCGGCCCGUGUAUGAGCUGGACACUGAUCCGGAGAACAACGGCUUCAUCAAUGAGGACUUCAUCGUGUGGAUGAGAACUGCCGCUCUGCCCACCUUCCGCAAACUCUACCGCAUCAUCCAAAAGAAGAACAAUAUGGCCCCCACCCUCCCCCGAGGAAACUACACCUUAGUGGUGGACUACAAUUACCCUGUUCGCAGCUUUGAGGGCAGGAAGCGGAUGAUCCUGAGCACCAUCUCCUGGAUGGGAGGCAAGAACCCAUUCUUGGGCAUCGCCUACAUCACCGUGGGCUCCGUCUGCUUCUUCCUGGGCGUCGUGCUGCUGGUCAUCCACCACAAAUAUGGGAACCGCAACAACAGCGCUAACAUCUCAAACUGAGGUGCCGGCUGCGCUCCAGCUCGCCUCCACCGCCAUAAAUGUGAUGCGAUGAUGAAUCUGAGGAAACGGGUGACGAUGGUAGAUUCAUCUUCAGCUGUAGUGCAGAGUUCAUGUUCUAAAGUCACACUAAAAUGCCAAUCUUAAAGAAAUCAGCUGAAAAUGUGCUCAUUCCUCUCCUAACUAUACAAGUCUAACAAAAACGAUUGUGUCAGUGAUUCAAGUCAGCACGCAGAACGACCUAAAGCCCAGCCAGGCUCUUCAAAUAUUAAAAAAAAUAAAAUAAAUAAAAAAUUAA